CUACAUUUUUGUUUAGUCUUCUGUACUUUAGAGUUUUCUAACCACAGAAGAUUUUCCCCUUAAGCCAUUUAGUAUUUGUUCUGAAUCUUUGGUGUUUAUUUUGAAGCUUCUGUAGCAGAAGAGAGACACUGGCCUGCCUGCUAAUACUGAAACAUCUCCACAGGGCUGCACUGCUGUUCUCUCAGAGCAGGCACAGGCAUUCUCAAUGUGCUUUCAUUCUGCCUGAUAAUAAUUGCCUGUGCUGUUAUGUGCAUAUGUAUGUAUUUAUUUCAGGAAUAUAAUUAACCUUCAACAAAAUCAUAUUUGGGCAUGUAUAUUUGUAUCUGUGUGUACACAUUUACACGUUUUGUGAUCUUAUUGAAAAGUCACAUUUUUUAAAAAUCCCCUUCAUUAAAUUUGAGAAUUCUUGAAGGAAAGACAAUCAACUUCUAAUUCUCCAACUUAUCCCUGUGUGUAGUUUGGUGCCUGCCUGGGAAUAGGGAGUAGAACUUGCUUUCCAAAUGAGUGAUUAAUUAGGCUUUGUGGUCCCCAUUGGCAAGGAGCUUUGAACAGGUUUUUAUAGAGUGGUGAGCCUUCUGAUUGUCCCUUCCCCGUGUGCUUCUUGAAUAAAGAUAACUGCACUUUCAGGGAACAACCUUCUCUCAGCCAUUUUCUAAACUGCUCCUUACCGUGCAGCACAUUGUUAUCCAGCAUGGAUGAACAGUUUUCUUCGAGUACCACAUACUGCAAAUAAUUGGUGUGAGCAUGUGGUAGAUGAAGAAGCAGGAGCCAGCUCAUCUCAAGUAGAAUUUCCAGUCAAAGGAGAAAAAUACAAAGAAGUGAAACCAACAUGUGCUAGUUUCUUGUAUGGGGGCAGAUUAAGAGUUUAAAUGAAAAAAAAAUACUGAUAAUUUCUGAAUUGUUAAGGACCUAUUUUAAUUUUAUGUGUUUGAGCCUUUGCCUUCAUAUCAUCUGUGGGCCUGGUAUCUGUGGAGGCCAAAAGAAGGUACCAGGUUCCUGAAACUGGAGCUCCAAGCAGUUGUGAGUUGCCAUGUAGGUGCUGAGAACUGAGCCCCUGAGCCAUCCAUGCAGCACCAAUUCUACUAAGUAUUUAUGUAUCAUGCAAAUAGAGCUUGUACAUUUAAUUUCUCUUAUUAUACUAAGUAGAUAUUACCAUCUCCACUUGACAUAUGACAAAGGUAAAACUGAGAGUUAAGCAAUCUUGUUCAGAAUCCUGAACUCUUAUUCAGAAUCACUUUAUAUUGACUGUAGUUUGGGAUUCUGCCACUUAUAUGGCACAGAAAUCCCCAGAGCUAAAGCUUUAUAAUCAUUUGGACCAUGCUUACUGGUAAAAAUUUUCAUCAGUUAUAUCGAAUACAGAGAGGUUUGUGAUACCUCUGUGGAAUACAAGUACAUAGUCUAGAAAACCUUCUUUUUCCAAGUUAGAAAUGAUUUGAACUCCUUCUGUUACUUAACAGCAUAAAAACAUCUCAUCUUGGGCCUCUUUAGUAAAGAAGUGUAAAUGUCAUUGAAGUCUCUACCUUUUAAUAAAUUUAAGUGCCUUCCAAAACUUGUUUCACAGUCAGUUAAGUUCACAAAUACUACAACACUUGAGGAUUGAUAUAUGUAAUAGCCAAACUGUUAACUUGUUUAGAUUGAAAAUGUACUAGGGGAUUCAUAAAGUGCAUCUCUAGGUCUCCUAGGAGGGUAUUUCCAGAGAGGAUUAACUGAGGGAGAAGACCUGGCCUGAUUGUGAGUCUUGCCAUCCACAACUGGGAUCUGUACCUUCAACACAGGCCUAGAUGAAGAGGCCGACAUCAACACAGGCCUAGAUGAAGAGGGCACCUUCAGCAAGUCAUUUUCUCCUGUUUCUGUCCCCAUCCAGUGACUUGUUCUGUCCCACCAGACAUUCAUCAUGAUGGACCGAAACCUCAGAAGUUAGGAGCCCAAAUAAGUCAUUUUUCUCAUAAUUGUUCAUAUCAGGUAUUUUGUCACAACAAGGAAAAACUGACAUAGAGUAUGUCUCGAGUUUGACCUUCAGAGUCUGCCGUGUAAAGCCAUGGUCUGUCUUCAUAUUUCAGAUGGAGCUGGCUGUGGGUCCACUUUGCAGAAGAGUGUCUGAUUUGGGAAAGUCCUAUCGAAUGCUGAGGUCAUUCAGACCCCUGCUCUUCCAGACAAGUGAGCACGUGGCAGAGAGUCCAGCAGUGGGGGAUGUCAUUCCAUUCAGUGUCAUCAUUCAGUUCCUGUUCACAAGAGCACCGGCUGAGCUGAAAUCCCCCUUCCAGAGGGCAGAAUGGUCCCAUGCUCGCUUCUCCCAGUGGCUGGACGAUCAUCCAUCUGAAAAGGACAGGCUCCUCCUUCUCAGGGGAGCCCUGGAAGCUUAUGUUCAAUCAGUGAGAAGCAGAGAAGGCAAAGAAUUUGCACCAGUGUAUCCCAUUAUGGUCCAGCUGCUUCAGAAGGCUAUGUCUACUCUUCAGUGAUGUGCAGACUCUACCACAAACCCAUCUAAAGGUGGCAACUAACAACUGAAAACCAUAGUGAUUCUCUAUUUCCUACUGAUCUAGUACUUCUACUUUACAUGUCAAAAUAGACCAAUCAUCACCACAAACUUUCAGUUGCACACAUCUGAUUUUUUUCAUAAAGAUACCAUUUCCCUUUUUCAGAUUUUUCAACAAGGCAAAAUUAUUAAUUAGGUGGUGUGUGUGUGCUAUUAUGCAGUUGAUUCUCUGUAUUUUACACUGCUUUUAAAGGGACAAGAUCAACUCAUACUGCAUUCCCCCAACCAAUGUAGUUAUUUCCAAACCUCACUCUAGAGUCCCACCACUGGCGAGUUCCCGAGAGCACACCUGACAGAGGACUCUUAUCCUGAAUAUGACGCUGAUGUGCAGUCAGGGCCAGUGAUGGGCUGAUACAGAUGCUCAGUGUUCUUCUCAUGUGGCUACAUCUCUAAAUGGAGCCAGGGUUUAUCUUUGAAACAAGUUAAAAAAUAAAAAUUUCUAACAAAGGUUCUCUAUAAA